UCUCGUCAGAUUCAUAGAUUGUUGCAUGUAGCGAGGCGGAGCAAGGAAAAACAAUUACGACCGUUUGUAGAAUGAUUUAGAAAUUCAAAAAGUCUUUAAUUUCCCGGUUGUUAUCACUUACAAUUACUUCCGAUUUAAAAAAAAAAGGAGAAGAGCAAUCCCAAAUGCGAUUUACAUAAGUAUAAUGGAGUACGAUUCAUUUGUACACGUAUCAAAUAAUCCGCAAAGUAUCAACCGAGUGCAUUAGCGCAUUUUGUGAUUCAAGUGAUUGCAAGCCAGAAAAACGCUGUUUUCCUGUUUACUAAGACGUUCGCCUUCCUGAACUUAUUCAGAAAGAGAGAGAGAGAGAAAGAAAAAAGAAAGUCUGUUAGUAUGAGGAGGACGUGAGGACAGCCAACCAGUGCUAAACAUCAGUCGUUACGAUGGGGACCAGCGUCUGGAUUUUCAUAGUGUCAACAAUGUUUGGAUUCGCUCAUGGUCUUUGCAAUGUUUCGAUGGCCGAGAAAUGUGCAUCUCAGUUACAAGAACUCUAUGACUCAGAAUUGUUAUCGUCCAUUUCAUCACCUGACCAGGUUAUCACUGAAUCCAAAAAAGACCUAUGUUUGUCCACAAUCAGUGGUAACUCAAUAACGCAGUGCUAUACGACUAACUCUAAGUCCUGCGUUGACCAAGAUCACUUAGCGAUUCAGUGGAAUGAAACAAUGAAAGAUGCCACUAACCUUUGCAAUGAAAGUUGUAGCAACUACCUGGAAUUCCAGACAUGCGAGAGCAAGAUUCUCUACUCAGCGUAUCGGGAAUCUAAAUACCAACUUUUUUGCACAUCAUACGAAGAGAGUCUUUCGUGCGCUUCGGAGAUAUUGAAGAGCUGCAAGUUCAAUCAAUCAUUCUUCAUCGAUCUCAUCAAGAAACCAACGCCGAGACAUUACGAACACCUUUGCCUUACCGGAUGUGUGAAUCUGGACGAGACAAUAGGAGUCAUUGACAGCUGUUACGGGAACAUCGCGAGUAUUGAUAUAGAGGACCCCACAACUCAAUGCGAAUCACACACCAAUUUUAAGAGUUGUGUUUUUGAUCCGGACAAAGUCUGUCGUGAGGCGACACAACUUUUCAAAAAUGUUUAUAGUUAUGACGCACUGGAAAUUAUCUGUACAACAACAACAUCAACAACUACGACGACAACUACGACAACAACACCGACGACGACGACAACACUCACAACUGAACCUUCAUCAACAACACCGACAACGAUGACGUCAACGACAGUGACAACGAUGACGUCAACAACGCCCACAACGAUGACGUCAACAACACCCACAACAAUAAAGACACCUACAACGAUGACGUCAAGAACACCCACAACGAUGACGUCAACAACUCCCACAACGAUGACGUCAACAACACCCACAACAAUAAAGACACCAAUAAGAUUAGAAGAUGCCACAACAAAGAAAGAAACUACUGUGAAACAAUCAACAACAGAUAGGACAAAAAAGACAGUGAAAACAAUGGAGUCAACAACAAGAGAGAUCACAGCAUCGGUAUCGUCCGCCCCGGAGUGUGUGGAUGAGGAAGUCUUAAAGUUAUCUACUGACAAUCAGCCGUCAACAGAAAUGUGCCUGCGGUUACUUUCGCUGACAGCUUGUCUAUAUGAAAAAGAAACAACCCGAUAUGAAGAUAUCAGAGCGAUGCAUUCCAUUGUUGGAGACAAAGUGAAUAAGAUUCUUAGCAGCGGCGUUUUAAGGAACUGUACUUUUAACGUCCGCAGAGAUAUAAUAUUGAUUCAGGAUCUUCGGAACUCCUCCUGUGCUCAAACUCAGGAGGAUUCGUAUGAGGAUGAAGACCUUCCUAUCUGUUCGGGCCACAACUACGGCCUCAUCAAAUGUAAAAGAAAUGGUGCAACUUCUUCCAGGAGGUCGAGCGUUUCCAUUAUUCUGUCAUUCCUAUUAAUUUUCGUUACAUUGUUUUUGACAAAUCCGGCGGUGUGAUUCGAUGUAUACUCAUACUACAGUGUAGAAAAUGUUGCUCCUUCAAUCGUGUCUCACAAACUUGCAACCAUGGGAAAAUGCUCCUGACGGGCAAUUGCCGAAACUGAUAAAAAUUUCUAAAUGCACGAACGGUCAAUGCUUGAUGGUGUGUUCGAUUUACAUGGGUUGCAUUGCCUUUGUUUUUAAUGAUUCGAUUUGAAUGUCACGCGGUUAUGUUUGUGUAAUGUUGUAAAUUUUGAAUAAACUGAGUGGGUGUAAAUACAAAAUGUCUUGUUGUAAAUUUGUAUUCACACCCAUGCAGUAAAUUCAAAAUUUACAACAUUUGACACACUGAAAACAGGCAAACCAGGCAAAACUCUGCUAUUUUUUAAGCAACACUAGCUUUGUUAUUAGUAAACGAAAACCGCAUAAGUAUACGAGAUUGUCACGUCAUAUCAAAUAAGGAGAACUACUAGAUUUCCUUGUUAUAGAGUCACCAAAAUUGCGCAAUGACAUUGUAUCUGCCUCACUAGUGACUUUAAAUAGAAGCGCUCAUUGGAAAGUUGAAGUGGAUUUUGUGGAAACAGAGACGACCAAGAAUGGUUAAGGGCCGAUGAUUCAAAGCUCACUUGUGUAUGAAUCACAAGAAAAAAUGCUGUAAUGUUGUUUUUUUUAAUUUAGAAAUAUCAUUAUACAGAUUGAAGUCAUUUCAUACACGUCCAUUUUAUAAUUAAUGACGUUUUUUUAUUCGACAUAUAACUUUUGAUUACUUAUGAUUUGAUGUUGUAUUCUUGUUUCAGCAUUUGUUGCUUAUAUGUUUCAAAAACGACAUAAACUUAUCAAUUUUUCCCUUGCACAUUUCCUGUCUCCUUAGCAUUCAUUAGCAAGAUUUGAAUGUACACUACAAGAUGUAAUGCUUAUCUAUCGCAGGUUGUACAUGUAAGAUGAAUAUCAAAUAAAAAAAAUUGUAUUAUUGUAACAUUGUUUAUAUUCUGGUAUUAAUGAUGGAGUCAGGAUGCACCUAACCAUUUACAUGUGAUCGGACAGUUUUGGAUAUGCUGUUAAGGAAUUUUGGUAAAGGUCAUACGAGAGAUUACUAAGACAAACACACGAAUACUAUUAGUAACUACAUGUAGGUCUGCAUAAUGUAAAC